AUUUAGACCCAGGCAUUCACUUAAUGCUAUUUACCUUUUUUAACAGUUGUUGUCACCCAUAGUUAACAACAUAUUAACUCAGAUUAACGGUGCAUUAUUUUAAAUGCCAAACACAAAGGUGGACAGACUGUGAACAUGUGACAAAUUAACUUCUCCGCAUGUUGCAAAUGCUUUCAGUGACACACUGGAAGACCAGUUUUCUAUUUCAAGUUCAGGCUGAACACGGUGACCGGACUCAGGCUCGCUUGCUUAGAAUGUGAUCGACAGAACAACACUGCGUUGUGUUGAGAGGCUACAGCAAAUUUAUCAAGAUAACACAAUUAUGGAUACAGUGACAGAAGAUUUCGCACAGUCGGAGGUGGACACGGAGAUGAGGGUGUUGUCACCCGAAGACUUGGCAGAAGAACAUCUUGAAGCCACCGAUGAAGUAGAGAUCCUUCAAAACAGCUUACGUGAAGUUGUCCAUGACGACAAUGUCCAACCUAAAAUGCAGUGCUUGAUGAUGGACACCUCAUUCUCCAUGGUAACCAUGCAAGGUGAAGACAGCGGGAUUGCAUGGGAGACAACCCCAAGUCGCUGCAGCACACCGUGGGCAUCGGAAGCUGGAUAUUCGACGAUGGAUGGCACUUCUUCUGCCAUGCAACCUGCGCCUGUCCCGGCAGGAAAGAUCAUCUUUGUCAUGGAUGAUGAGCUGAUUUCCAGACGAAAGAAAAGUAAAGAAAGAGUUAGCGCUCAGAAGAGAGCACAGGAGGAACGCGAUGAUAGCUCUGAGAACGUCACGGGACGUCCUGAGUUAGUGGGCAUCUCUGAGCCAAAUGUCAGAUCCAAGGACAAGAAACUGGCUGACCCUUUCAUAGAUAAAGAACAACUAUUCAGUGUGGUAUCUGAGGGUUCAGAAAUCCUUAACAUUGUUGUUCCGCCAAAACUGGCCACUGUGGAUGAAGAGGAAAGCAGAGUUAUGGCAGACAACCUGUCAUACCUGGAAGAAAGUCCUGUUCCUAAAGCCAGUGAAGAGACUAAUGAUAAUGAGCUGUUGUUCCUAAACACCCCACCAGGGUUGGCUGCACCAAUACCUAUACAGGUAGAGGUUUCUCAGCCAAUAGGGAUACAUGCAAUGGAUCCUCCAGGGGCCCCAGUCCCCAGAGUGGCCGUUGGAGGACCUUCUGGAAAUAUGGACUACUUUGAAGCAUUCACUCUCAUUGAUGCACCGGCUCCAGGAAGUCCUGCUGUAGUAACGGUGAGACAAGUGGAAGAGGAGGCUGACAAUGCAGCGCUGAGUAAAACCUCGGAGAAAUCAGGACAGUCUACAAACACCAGGUUCACAAUAGCUGUGGAUAAUGACAAACUGGACACUGUUAGCCUGCAGGAAAUCAGCAGCGAGCUUCUCGAUGAGGUGUUCUACGGCAGUACAGACGAUAACCUCAUGAAGAGUCUGGACAGAGAGGUCAAAGGUGUGGACACCAAAGGCACACCAUUUAGAGUCCCUUCAAAAGAAAGCGGGUCAGCUUUAUUUGGAAGGGAUGAGGAUGUUUUGACUCCCAUAUUUCUACCUGAAGGACCUCCAAAAAUCAUUGACCCCAUUUUGCUGGAGGAACCCAAGGCCAUGGCUUUCCUUUACACAGACCUGUAUGAGGAAGCACUUGGAAGUCGACAAAAAGAAGAGGAUACAGAAAGCAUGACUUCUGAGAAGUCCUUUCACAGCAGGCAUUCAGACAGGGAGGCCAGGGGCUAUUUGGAGAAAUACGCGCUCAUAGAUGAGACUCUUGCGGUGGAGGUUGAAACAACUGAUAAAGAAAAAGGCCCUAAGGAAGGUCCACGGGUACUGACUCAAGAUGUGUAUAAUUUUGGUCUUUUGUCAAAGCCUGAAAAAAGUCAAGUGCCAAACUCAGAGGAAGAAAUCACAGAUUUCUUCAGGUCCAGUGCCAAUUCCUCUCCAUGUGAUACAGAGCCUUUCACCCGAACCUUUGACGAAGAUGAUACGGAAGUUAAGGUUAAAGCUACUAAAAACAAGAGCGUCUCCAUAAAGGAUGACAAAGUCACUGUGAUCCCCAUAGAUCCACUCAGCACUUCAAACCUCCCAUUAGACGAAUUAGAUUGGGGGAGCACAGAAGACUAUCCAGAAACCCUGGAUAACGAAAACUUCAGCAGCCAUUCAGAUCAGGAACGGUGGAAACAUGAUUCAGAAAUGGAGAAGCCAGUGGCCCCGCCCAGAAAAAAGGCAACUCCAAAGGCAUGUCUGGACUUAACGCCUCUGACUCCAGUUGACAUCAUUACACAAGAAAAUGGAGGAGCUGGUGAGCCUGAGCAGAGUGAACGAGGGAAGGAAACAGCAGAGGAGACUGUGGAGGACGGAGAAGAAUCAGAGACAAUGUACUCCUCAGAUGAAGUCAUGCCAUUUGAAUAUCCACUUGCUGCAGACGGCACUGAGGCUCAACAAAAUGAGAGUGAUGAAGGUGAUGAAAUAAUAGUUAGAAAGACAACACCACCAACAGCUGUGGACAGUUGUGAACCAGGAAUACAAGAGACUGGACCAGAAGAUGUACACAUUGAAUCAACUGAACCAGCUGGAACUCUUUCAGAAAAACCAGGGGGUGAGCCCCAGGCUUUGCCAAGUGCAUCAGUGAAAAACAAAGGGCAGUGUGUUAUACUCUGAAGGAGGAACAGUAUUUUUAUCUCUUACAGGCAUUGAUCUUUGGUGAUGUGUCUUAGAACAGAAACAAAAUUUUCAUUAAAACUAUCCCAUCAACCCAGCGGAUAACACAUCUUUUCUGCAGCGACCCCUUUUGAAGAUCAGAUUAUUAAACAAAAAAUAAAAUUCAGUGCAAUUUUCAACGGGAACAAAAAUAAUAACAAAAAAUUAAAAUUAAAUGCUUUACUGUGUUCCCUUCCAACAGCCCCUUGCCCCCCACUUUGACAGCAUUAACUCAUCAGGCAUUUUGGUUGGAAACAUACGUAUUUGGUGAUAUAUCUAAAACAUUGAGGACUAAGGUGGAGUCAAAAAACAUUGAAAAAAAUAAUCAAACAAAAAAUAUAUUAAAAAGUUUGCCAUAUAAAAAAAUUUUGAGAAAAUAUUUUUAAAGAUUAUACUAAGGAUCUCAGGUGAGGUUCAAAUUAUAUAUAAAUAUUUAUUUAUUUUUGGACAUUUUAACCAUUUUCUAAUUUGUAUAUUAAAAUGCAUGGUAACCAAUCAAGUGAAGCCAGAACUCUAAUUUUCAGUGUAGGCGUUUGGGACAGGUGCCAAUAAAGCAUGAUUCUUGUGUUUUCGAUGGUUGAGGUUUGAGUCAUGAAUAUGGAUAAACAUGGAGGGAUUGGAUUUGUUUGUAUGACGUUAGGGUUGGUCUCCGGCUAUAAAUAACCCUGUGCAGCCCAUAACCUGACACCUUGAAGUCUGCUGAGUGUGCUUGUAAACCGUAAAAAAAAAGUGUGUAAUCAUUGCAAGACGCACUUUGUGAUGAAUGUAAAAUGUUUAAUUCCUAAUGUUUUCAUAUGAUACAAUAACUGCACUGUGUUAUAUUAAAAGAAACAUCGUGACCCUGUGUGUAUGUUUGCACACAACAAACCACUGAAGCAACAAGGAGUGGUCAUUGGAAACACUCAUUCACUAAAAGAACAUCUUUAUCAUGGAUACAAACAAGAUUGCAGUUUACACUUAGAAAUGACACACUUUGUGCAUGGACCCAUUUUAGAAUUAAGGUUGCUGUGAUUAUCACACACAAACGCCCCCACAGCAAUUUCGUGUCCGGCUGACACUGCUGCUUUCAGGCCUGAAUCCAAAGGUCCCAUCUGGAGCUCAGCAGUGACCCAGAGAAUGUUUCCCAUAAAAAAGGAGCUUGGAAAAGGGCACUUCCAUGUAUUUUUUAAUAACGUCUACACUAAUUUGGUAGAAAUAUCACACAGAUCAUAAAGUUAAUUUCUCAAGUAUUUUGUUAUGAUGAAGGAUUUAAGGUCUGUACUUUCUAUAUUUUACUUUAUUGGACUCUCCCCUCCCUUUAAAAUAAAUUUGGCGACAUCUUGUGUCGUAAGUGUGUAACUGUACGUUUCCUGGAACCCCAUAACAAAAUAUUUCCUACAUUAAGAUUGCUAUAUUUUACAGGAUUUAUUUACAUCUUGUUUGGGGUUGCACUUACCAGACAGAUUAGGAAAACGUAUUCUUUUUCAAUGUCUAAAGUUAGGCUAAUCAAGUAAAGCCUCCUCAGCUGUAAGUGAAACAAGAAACGGUUCCGACAGGUGAAACAUGAACCUCUCUCUCCCCGUAGAUAGAUUUGUAAAUACAGAUAGAAUAUAUAUAGAAUUGUAAUUAUAUUACUAUAACGACAGUUGCAAACGAAAAACUAACUUUAUUAUAGAGUCAGUUAUAGGUAGCUUCAAUUAUGUUGUUAGUAUUUACUUUAGAAUCCCUGCUGUUGUUA